UAUUCAAGUCGAAUUAAAAAUUUUAGAACCAGGUCAGAACCCAGAUUUACAAGGCUAUUUAUAGAUUCAUUAAUAGUUAGACAAGGUCAUUAUGCAGAACUUCAAGAGAAAAAUGAAUAGGCUAGAGAUUUUGAUCCAAAAUAGAAAUGAGGUACAGAAUAAAUUUAGAAUAAAAACAUUUGAUGGAAAUGCUUUAAAUCAAAGCCCUGUAAAAUUGUUUAACAAUGUUAAUUGCGACUUACAGUGGCGGAACAAUGAACAAAUUAGAACAAUUCAAAUAUAUUUAAGUAGGAAAAUGUGUAAUAUACAAGCUCGAUCACCUUCUAGGAUUCAGAAAUCAAUUAAGACAGUUAAGAUCGUGAAAGAUAUCAAACGUUUAGCAUCGCAUUUGCAGCUGGGUUGGAACAAACGCAAAAUUUUAAACAAAAACGUUCUCCCAGAAUUAAAAAAAAAUUGUUAUUUCCAAGCAAUCAAGUGAUCUCGUUUUUGCCGAGUCAGCAUUUUGGUUAGCUGAGUGUAUAAAUCAAAUACAUUUAGAGUUGGAAAAUAACAAAAGUGAGUUAGUUACUCAAAAUUUCGAUAAAACGCGUCAAGUUGACUCUUUAAACGCCAAAAGCCGAGUCUAGAGAUGCGAAGACUUAAGUUUCGUUCGAGAAAGAAUGUUGACGACAAUCCUCGCGAGAAAUUUAUAGUAGACUUUGAGAUUCAGGAAAGAUUUAUAUUUAGAAAAUGCUUUGAAAAGCAAAAUUAUUUGGUAAUGUGGCAAAGUGUCUUGUUGACACAGGCGCUCAAAAAGUCUUUAAUUGACACAGAGUUUUUAAAAGCCGUAUGCCUAUUGAAUUAUGAUAUUUAGGUCUAUCCUGAAUUUUAAAUUAGAACAUUAAGAACCGGAAAUGAAAGGUUAAAUUUAAAAGAAAAACGUUCACACAAAUAACAAUCAGACAGGUAAGUAUUCCGAUGAUGUUAUUUGUCAUAUAAGGAUUAAAUAGGACAAAAUGCAAAUUGUCGAUUUUUUGAAUAAAUAUUACAUGAAAUCAUGAAUAACUUUAACAUAAAAAUUUUAAUUGAAGCCAUUUUAUAAUUGUAUUCUCAUAUUGAAUCAAGAAACCUACAUAAAUCAAGACUAACUGUUUAUGCUA